AGCCAUUAAAAAUAGAUUCUCCAGCUUAUGAAUGGUAUUCCUCUUACAGAUGAGUCUUGCCUAAUUUGAAAAAUGAUUAGAAAAUGUCUUACUAUUGGUUUACUGGAUUAAUUCCUGUUUCCAAUAGGAAUCAACACAGCGAUAGUGAGUACUCCAGCAACAGUCCACGUUCGUCUCUAAGUUUCACAAAGCCAUCACCACGUGGGAAGCCCGCACCUCGCAACAAUAGUGAGUACUCCAAUGAUAGUCCACGUUGGCCUAUAAGUUUCACAAAGCCAUCACCACGUGGGUGCAGCGAUAGUGAGUACUCCAGCGAUAGUCUACGUUCGCGUAUAUGUUUCACAAAGCCAUCACCACGUGGGAAGCACACACCUCGCAGCGAUAGUGAGUACUCCAGCGAUAGUCCACGUUUGUCUCUAAGUUUCACAAAGACACCACCACGUGGGAAGCGCACACUUCGCAGCGAUAGUCCACGUUUGUCUCUGAGUUUCACAAAGACACCACCACGUGGGAAGCACGCACUUCGCAGCGAUAGUCCACGUUUGUCUCUGAGUUUCACAAAGACACCGCCACGUGGGAAGCGCGCACUUCUUUGUGGGGUGACUUACAAGAAGGAGAAAUUCAGGCUUAAAGGAACAUUGCAUGAUGUACACAGCAUGAGGGACUUGCUUCUUCGAAAAUUCAACUUUUCAGAUGAUUCCAUUCUCAUUCUAGCAGAAAAAGAGGCAUAUAAACCUCCGACUAGGACCAACAUCCUGGAGGCUUUCAGGUGGUUGAUGGCAGACCUUAAAUCAGGUGACUCGUUGGUGUUCUACUUCUCAGGAUAUGGCUUGCGACAACCUGAUUUUAGUGAUGAUGAACAAGAUGGUUUUGAUGAAACGAUCUGUCCUCUCGACUUUAGCACUGAAGGCAUGAUCAGUGAUAAUGCCAUCAAUGAUAUUCUUGUUAAACCACUGAUUCCAGGUGUUACACUUCAUGCCUUUGUUGACGCUAGUCAUAGUGGAACUGUUCUCGACUUACCUUGGGUAUACAAAGAGAAUAAAUGGGAUGAUAACAGACCCCCAUCCGGCGCUGAUAAGGGCACAAGUGGUGGCAGGGCCAUCAGCUUCAGUGCUUGCAAGGAUGAUCAACUAGCUGCAUAUACCUCUGUAUUAUUUUUUCCUUCCUUUAAUCAAGUCUUCGUACGAUUGAUCUACAUAUCCUCUCUCCCCAACUACCAUAGUAUGAAUAUUAUGCAGGCUUUCUCUGAUAAAAAUAUUAUGACUGGUGCCAUGACUUUCCUAUUUAUAAGAGCUAUCUGGGAAAAUCCGAAUAUAACAUACCAGGGAUUACUUGAUUAUAUGCACAAGCCUCUUGGAAAGGUCAACAAAGUCAGAAGCCCACUGCUGAAGUUACUCCAACGCAAGAUAGACCAGGAACCAGUAUUAUCAUCUUCUGAAAGAUUUAACCCUAACACAAAGUUCAAGCUCUGAAUCUACAGCAGAAAGAUGAAUAUGCAAUCCAAAUAUUUGCAUCAAAUUCUCUCUUUGGCAUUUUUCUGUGCUGAUUCUGACAAUAUAAUUUGUAUCUGCAUCUCUGAGUUAAUAAUUGAAAGUUUUCCAAUAAAAUUUGUGUUCUGAUGGGGUCUUCUCCAAGUCCAUAGCAGGGUCUUAACAAAUUUUCAUCACAAACUUUUGUAUAUGUAAGUGUAUAGGAUUACAUACCUGUUUUUAAGCUUGUGCCGUUCAGACUUGGUAUAUGUAAUGGUAAUCUUCUUUUAAAUAAGACCGAUGUAUCUUUAUCGUUCCAGAAAUAAACACAGUUCUUCCAUUUCA